AUGAGCCGAAAACCAAGACCAGACCAGUACCGCAACAAGCCUUUAUUGGAGGGACAAUCUGCCGAGCUGCCUCUGAGCAAAGGAGUGCAGCACCGUGGCAGGGACUGGAGCACCUUUAUAGAGUCUGGGUGGGGCUUGGAAGAUGUCGUGACGAGGAAGAUAGAUCUAGCAUCAGAAGAUCAGCAGCUAGGGCUGUCCAAAAAGGUGUGGGCUGUCCCAAAACCCCUGUGGGAGGUGUGGGACUGUCCAGGAUGUGUCAAGCAGUUAGGUGAUGCAUUUCUGUGGGAAGUUCACAAGGUGGACAGAUAUAACAAUGAAGGUGUGCUGUUUGGACUUAGAACCUGUGUGAGAAAAACCAAGAAGGAAAGACUAGUUGCUGGAUUAUUGACAACAUGGUUACAAGAACCAGUGACCAUCACGGAUAUACUGGAAUUCACUCAGGAGGAGUAGAUGAUGCUGGACUCUGCUCAGAGAAGUCUGUACAAAGAUAUAAUGUUGGAAAACUAUAGAAACCUCACAGCAAUAGAGUAUCAAUUAUCCAAGCUUUCCGUGAAUUCCAUCUUGGAUCAAGAAGAGAUAAACACUAUGAAAAGAAUUCCCCAAACUCUCUGUCCAAACUGGAAGAUUGAAUUUAAAACCAGAGAAUCAAUUCCUACACAUAACAUCUUUGGGGAAAAACCAUCCCAUGGAUUGAAAAUACAAUUCAUAAUGAAUGAUUGGUCCUCCACAUUACGAGAAGACUGGGAAUGCCAUACAAUCAGAAUACAGCACAAGAUCCCAGAGAGACAUUUCAGGCAAGUGACACAUACCCAAAAGAAAACAGCAUCUCAGAAGAAUUUCUGUGGCUAUCAUGAAUUACAGGAAAACUCUAAACUUAGAUCAAAACUUACGUUUUCACAGAGGGUUUCCACCAGUAAACACUGCCAUAAAACACAUAAAUGUAACUCAGAUAUUCGUUUAAAACAUAAUUCAGUGCUAAACAGUUAUGAUGAUAAUAUGAAUGAAAAGGUCUGUAAAAGUCAUGAAUAUGAUCAUUCUUUAUGGCAUCUUGCAAGAAUGCCAGCAACACAAAAAGAGUACACAUGCUCUCAAUAUGGUAUGCACUUCCAAUAUGAUAGUAUGCUUCCUUUACAUAAUAAUCUUCACUUGGCAAGACAUUCCUGUGAAUGUAUUAAAAACAAGAAACCUUUUUGUCAUCAUUCAUGUCUUAAGCAACAAGAGCAAAUUCAUACUGAAGACAAACAGCAUGAAUGUAAUCAAUGUGGAAAAGCCUUCAAAAGGAUUUCUAAUUUUAUUUUGCACAAGAAAAGUCACAUGGGUGAGAACUGUGAUUGUAAAGAAUGUGGGAAAGUAUUUAAUGAUUCCUCAACCUUAAGACAUGAAAGAACUCACACUGGAGAGAAACCCUAUGAAUGCAAUCGAUGUGGAAAAGCUUUGAUUCAAAAAACAACUCUUAAGGCUCAUGAGAGAACUCACACUGGAGAAAAACCUUAUGAGUGCAAUCAGUGUGGAAAAUCCUUUGGCACGAGCUCUUACCUUAUAGUGCACAAACCCAUACACUCUGGAGAGAUGCUCUGUGACUGCAGUGACUGUGGAAAAGCCUUCAACACAAGCUCCCACCUUAAGGCUCAAAAGAAAAUACACACUGGAGAGAAUCUUUUGGACUGCAGUGACUGUGGGAGAGCUUUUAGUGGUCUCUCCUCCCUUAGAAUGCACAUCAGAACUCAUACUGGAGAGAAGCCCUAUGAACGUACAGAAUGUAGGAAACCCUUCUGUGUUUCCUCUUCCCUUAGGAGCGUGAGAAUUCACACUGGAGAUAAACCCUAGGAAUGUAUUCAAUAUGGAAAAGCUUUUAUUCAGGGCUGGGGAUUUAGCUCAGUGAUUCUGCUGCCUGCCUCGAAAGCACAAGGACCCAAGUUUGAUCCCCAGCACCAAAAAAAAAAAGAAAAGCUUUUAUUCAGAACUCUCCACUUACUAUACACAAAAGAAUUCAUAAGGGGAGAGAAACCUAAGUAUUAUAAAUGUGGAAUUGUCUUUUUUAUUCUCUUAUAGAUAAUUCCAAGCUUAUUAUUUUUUAUUCUUAGACUAGCAUUUAAGGCUAUUAAUGGCCUUAAAAAACAUUCAUGUAGCUAUAUAAGACAUUUUGUUCUAUGAUAAUUUAUAUUCAGCUUUGAAUAUUGUCUAAUUGGUUUUGUUUUGUUGGUUUUUUUGUUUUGUUUUGUGUGUGUGUGUGUGUGUGUGUGUGUGUGUGUGUGCACGCGCGCUGGGGAUCAAACUCGACCUUGGACUUGCAAGGCAGGUGUGGCACCACUGAGCUAAAUUCCCAGCCCUGUUCUCUUUUUUUUUUU